UUUCUCUUUCUUUCUCAUUUUUUUUUCUUUAGAGGAAAAAAAAACAAAACCGAAGAGAGAGAGACAGCCAUGGUUUCAACGAGGAGAAGUGGAUCUCUCUCCGGCAACAACAAUAACAACAGCAAAAGAUCGUCGUCCUCGGACGACAACAACAACAAGCCUCAGUCUCCGAAGCGUCAGAAGGUCGAUAACAAUGGUGUUGCUUCCGAGAAAACCGAGAAUUCCAAGGAGGUUUGUACUCCGGCCACGGCGGCGGCUGAUCCCGGAGAAUGCAGCGCCGCCGGCGAGGCUCCGGCGGCCGGGGAUGGUGUGACUUCUGUAAAGACUGAAGCUUCUGCACAAGCUGUGGCGGUGACUCCGCCGCGUGUGGCUGAAGGGACUUCUCCAGCUGCUGUGCUGGAUAAGGCGAGGAGUUCCAUUUUGGCAUGGAGUUCGUAUCAGAAGUCGGGUCUGAAUUCGGCGAGUUUUGAGCUGGCAACACCUUGGUGCAAGCUUCUGUCACAGUCAGCUCUGAAUCUGAACAUUGCUAUCACAACAUCAAAUUUCACUAUUGGUUCGAGCAGAAGCAGCAAUUUCCCUCUGAAGGAUAGUACUAUUAGUGCAUGUCUGUGCAAGAUCAGACGCGAACAGCGGGAGGGCGGUGCUGUUACGAUUAUAGAAAGUAUGGGAAACAAGGGAUCACUGCAAGUAAAUGGGGCACAUGUGAAGAAAGGCAACAGCUGUGUGCUCAACUCAGGUGAUGAAGUGGUAUUUGGUCCUCUGGGAAAUCAUGCUUAUAUUUUUCAACUACUUGUGCCUGAGGGUCCAGUUAAGGGUACAGAGGUUCCAAGUGGCAUUGGAAAAUAUCUGCUUGACAGGAGAGCCGGAGAUCCUUCAGCUGUGGAUGGGGCUUCCAUACUGGCUUCUCUUAGUAUGAGACCAGAACUACCACGAUGGAAGUCUGCAGCGCAGGCCACCAAUAAAUUCCAUCCAGGGGCUGACGCACCAGCUCAGUCUGUUAUUCCAGAAGGUACAGAAGGUGAGCUUGAAGAACUCGAAGACAGCUUGACUCCAAACAGAGCUACUGACAAAACUGAAGAGAUUGGAGGAAUCAACAAGAAUCUUACUCCAGAAUGCAACCCAGAUUCGGGCAUAGAGGCAGACAAUGUAAAAUUUUCUGGGAAUGAUUUGCUAGGGCCUUUAUUGAGGAUGUUAGCACGAUCACCUAGUUAUAAACUGAAAUUGAGCAAAGGUAUCUGUAAACAGGUAUUGGAAGAAAGAAAUGAGUGGACGAGGGAUUCGAUGCCAGCAUCAACGUCAGGCAUGUCUGUGCGAUGUGCUGUUUUUAAAGAAGGCAUUCAUGCAGCAAUUCUUGAAGGCAAUAGCGUGGAUGUUUCAUUUGAUAAUUUCCCGUACUAUUUGAGUGAGAAUACGAAGAAUGUGCUGAUUGCAGCUUCAUUUAUACACUUGAAACAUAAAGAACAUGCAAAGUAUACUUCUGAGCUUACCACUGUGAAUCCUCGAAUAUUGCUAUCUGGUCCUGCAGGGUCUGAGAUAUACCAGGAGAUGUUGGCUAAGGCACUUGCUCAAUAUUUCGGGGCAAAGUUGCUCAUAUUUGAUAGCCACUCACUUUUGGGUGGUUUAUUGUCAAAGGAAGCCGAGCUGCUCAAGGAUGGUUCUAAUGGAGAUAAAAUGAGCACCUUGGCCAAACCAAGUCCUGUUCCUACAGACUUGGCUAAGAGUAUUGAUCCUUCAGCUUCUGAGCUAGAGGCACCAAAGUUGGCGACAAGCUCUUCAACUGGGCCUUCAUAUGGCCUCGAAUCCCAGCCUAAGAAGGAGACUGACGGCAUCGCCACAUCCUCAGGGACAUCUAAGAAUUACGUGUUUAAAAUAGGUGACAGAGUAAGGUUCAUAGGCAUAUCUUCUAGUGGCUUAUAUCCUACAUCUUCUUCACGGGGCCCAGCGACUGGAGCCCGAGGAGAGGUUAUGUUGGUUUUUGAGGACAAUCCUUUGUCAAAAAUUGGUGUGAGGUUUGAUAAACCAAUACUUGAUGGUGUUGAUCUCGGGGGUCUUUGUAAAGGACAUGGAUUCUUUUGCAACGCCUCUGAUCUUCGUUUGGAGAACACGGGUGGGGAUGAUCUGGAUAGAUUACUUAUCAAUACAUUGUUUGAGGCUGUACAUAGUGAGAGCAGAAGCUCUCCUUUCAUUUUGUUCAUGAAAGAUGCGGAGAAGUCCCUUGUAGGAAAUCAGGAUUCAUAUUCCACAUUCAGAGGCAGGCUUGAUAAGCUUCCUGAUAAUGUGGUUGUUAUUGGCUCUCAUACUCAUACUGACAAUCGCAAGGAGAAGUCGCAUCCUGGUGGUCUAUUAUUCACAAAGUUCGGUAGCAAUCAAACUGCUCUUCUUGACUUGGCUUUUCCGGAUAGUUUUGGAAGACUGCACGAAAGAGGGAAGGAAGUUCCCAAGGCAACAAAACUUCUGACGAAACUUUUUCCCAAUAAAGUAACCAUUCAUAUGCCACAGGAUGAGGCACUUCUUGUCUCAUGGAAACUGCAUUUGGAUCGUGAUACCGAAACCCUCAAGAUGAAGGGAAAUCUAAACCACUUGCGCGCUGUUCUGGGUCGGUGUGGGAUGGAAUGCGAAGGACUUGAUACACUAAGCAUCAAGGACCAGACGCUCACAAAUGAAAGUUCAGAGAAGGUAGUUGGAUGGGCGUUAAGCCAUCAUUUAAUGCAGAAUCCUGAAGCUGAUCCAGAAACAAAAGUAGUUUUGUCUGCUGAGAGCAUCCAGUACGGACUUGGAAUCUUGCAGUCUAUCCAGAAUGAAAAUAAGAGCUUGAAGAAGUCACUUAAGGAUGUUGUAACAGAAAAUGAAUUUGAGAAAAGGCUUUUGGCUGAUGUUAUCCCACCAACUGACAUUGGAGUCACGUUUGAUGAUAUUGGGGCACUUGAAAAUGUGAAGGAUACAUUGAAAGAAUUGGUGAUGCUGCCUUUACAAAGGCCGGAGCUUUUCUGCAAGGGGCAAUUAACCAAGCCUUGCAAAGGCAUCCUGUUAUUUGGGCCCCCUGGGACAGGCAAGACGAUGCUGGCAAAGGCUGUGGCUACAGAAGCUGGUGCAAACUUCAUUAACAUAUCCAUGUCGAGCAUCACAUCUAAGUGGUUUGGUGAGGGCGAGAAGUAUGUGAAAGCUGUUUUCUCUCUAGCUAGUAAAAUUGCCCCUAGUGUUGUAUUUGUUGAUGAAGUUGACAGCAUGUUGGGCCGGCGGGAAAACCCAGGGGAGCAUGAGGCAAUGCGCAAGAUGAAAAAUGAAUUUAUGGUAAAUUGGGAUGGGUUACGAACAAAAGAAGCAGAACGAGUUCUGGUACUUGCAGCCACAAAUAGGCCGUUUGACCUUGAUGAAGCUGUCAUCCGAAGGCUGCCCCGUAGGUUAAUGGUAAAUUUGCCAGAUGCUCCCAAUAGAGCGAAGAUAUUAAGAGUCAUAUUGGCAAAAGAGGACUUAUCUCCCGAUGUUGAUUUUGAGGCAAUUGCGAGCAUGUCAGAUGGAUAUUCUGGAAGUGAUCUUAAAAAUCUAUGCGUGGCUGCUGCACACCAUCCAAUUAAAGAGAUAUUGGAAAAGGAAAAGAAGGAUCGUGCUGCAGCUAUAGCAGAAGGUAAACCUGUUCCAGCAUUGAGUAGCAGUGGUGAUGUUCGGCCUGUAAACAUGGAUGACUUUAAAUAUGCUCAUGAACAGGUAUGUGCCAGUGUAUCCUCAGAGUCUGUAAACAUGACAGAGCUCUUACAAUGGAAUGAACUAUAUGGAGAAGGGGGUUCUAGAAGAAAGAAGGCCCUUAGUUACUUCAUGUGAAGAUUUCCUGUGUACAAAAGGGUUUUUUAUGCAUAUUUCUUUCAUAAAUUCUCCAGUUCUCCCAGAGCGAAGAGCCCCAUGGCGAGUAAAUUUGCCCUCCAUCUGAAGGCUUUCUGGGGAACCAUUUUGCCUGUAAAAUGAAUGUUAGUUUGUCAAGCUAUCGCUUUCCCUUAGGUUGAUGGUGGCGGGCACAAGGAAAAGUGAAGCCUUCCACACAAGUGGCACGGCUUCACUGCUUGUGUUUUGUUCCCCAUCCUCUCCGUUGGCAUAAAAACAUGUCUGUUGAAUCUAAGUUUACAGAGAUUAUAGAGGAACAAAGAUGAAGUUGAACGAUGGCCUUGUGCAUAUAGUCAUUUUUUAUUGAGUUUGUCGAAAUUGAACAAUAAGCAACAAUUACUCUGAUCUACUUUCUUCUUUUAGCAUGUAUAGUUUUUGUUAAUCUAAGUUUACUGUAUAUAUCCGUUGCCAUUGGUUGUGCAAUCUAUGUUGCAAUAAAGUUUCCAUCAAUAGAUAGAAGUGUGUUUUCAUUC